CUGACCUUCUCUCCUCCUUCACCUUCCUCCUUUCUGCAGAUGAAUGCAUAUUCCAUCCUGCUUUGGAACCAACAAAAUGGCAUCAUCCCAAGUGCUGCUGUUCUUGGCCGCUGUGUUGCUUUCAUCCUUUCCUGGCAAGGGGAACGGGAAUGAAGACAUUGCGCCUCUGUCAACCACACUGAGGAAAGUUCAGCAGGAGAUAGUAAACAAACACAAUGCCCUGAGGAGAUCCGUUUCUCCAAGUGCCAGCGACAUGCUAAAGAUGGAAUGGAGCACUGAGUCCGCAGCAAGAGCCCAACAGUGGGCAAACCGGUGCACUUACGGACACAGCAACCGAGAGUUCAGGAAGAUCAAUAUAAGCUGUGGUGAAAACCUCUAUAUGUCAAGUCGCCCCAUCCCGUGGUCCCAAGCAAUCCAAAGCUGGUAUGAUGAACAUAACAAUUUUGAGUACGCUGUAGGGCCAAAGCCAACUAAUGCAGUAGUUGGACAUUAUACUCAGAUUGUUUGGAACACAUCUUUCCGUGUAGGAUGUGCUAUCGCUUACUGUCCUCAACAGUUUUUAAAGUUCUUCAUGGUUUGCCAUUACUGCCCUGCUGGCAAUCAGUUGAGAAGACUAUAUAGACCUUACACCAAAGGAGAACCUUGUGCCAAGUGUCCUAAUCACUGUGAUAAUGGGCUCUGCACCAAUUCUUGUGAUAAAGAAGAUGUAUAUUCUAACUGUUCAGAUUUGAAAAAAUCACUAUCCUGUGACAAUACAAUGGUCAAAGAAAGCUGCAAGGCCACCUGCAAUUGUGAAGACAAAAUUCAUUAAAUACCCAGUACUCAUGAGCAGGGCUACCUGAAGACAAACCUCAUCACCUACUUUGCAGGAAAUAUUCUAUCAGGAAAUUACACAUAUGAUAACUCCAGUGAUUCCAAACAGCAAAGAAUUUUUUUCUUCUAUAUUUUCUCAUUUUAUUGAAACCAAUUACAUACAAAGAGUAGAGAUUUAGUCACAAAAACCCUAUGACAAUACCUUUGGACUUUGACAUAUGACAAGUUUGAUGAAUUUUUUGUUGUUGUUUAUUUUCAAGGUAAGGUCUCACUCUAGCUCAGGCUGACCUGGAAUUCACUACAUAGUCUCAGGGUGGCCUCAAACUCAUGGUGAUCCUCCUAUCUGCCUCCUGAGUGCUGGGAUUAAAGGUGUGCACCACCAUGCCCAGCUUAAAUUUGAUGAAUUUUCUAAGCUCAAGAUCAUGUAAGUUGCAUUUCCCUAUAACCAAGGCUCCUAAAAGUCCAGUCAUAAAAUGAGAAUCAUUUUUCCAGAUCCAAUGAAGUAAAAGAACAUGAGAUCAUGUUGCUGUCACAGUUAUCUUUCCUCAUUCUACCUAAGGAGUAUCUCCCAGUAAGUGUUUACCUACGCAGUCUCUAAUUUCUUCUUGCCGUUCCCUCUUUUUUCCACUCAUUGGAAUCUCCUUCCAGCAAUUAAGUUGGAUAUGUUAUUUCUGAAAUAACCCCCACUCUUAUGUCUAUAUCAACAAAGAUCCAAGUCCUCACUGGCAUAACUUUACAGUAGAUAAGGUUCACAUCUUCCUCUCAAACCUCCCUUUUAUAAAGAUAAAUCUUCCAGAAAAAUUCAACAGAAUAUAUGUAUACACUCUCCCCCUGACAAUUUAGAACUGAGCAUCUUCUCUUGUGACUCUGCACUGGGGUUAGUAACUGACUUUCAGAGCCAAUCGACAGAAAGAGAAAAAUUCGUCACUUCAUAAUGGAGAGACCUCACAAAUGUGGUUUUAACUUAGUGAAUCGAUUCCAGUCUCCAAUUAUGAUUUUAACUGUCUGCUUUUCAAAUUCCUUACUAAAAUGCAACUCAAGGAACAUGUUUUUUUACUCAGUGUGCCUGCCCUGAAAGCUUGAUCCCCUGGUAGAAAAUAAAACCUAAUCUAAGCAACAUA